GGCAUUUAGGGGCCCCUCCACCCCACAGCGAGACUGGAGGGCCCUUGUAGUCCCUCCUGUCUGAGGAGACAGGGUGGGUGUGGGGUUCUGAGCUCUGGGCUGGAGGCAAAAGCCAGAGCACAUUUCCCCCUCCCCAUGAGGACAGUGAUUUGAGGCCUGGAGGGGGAAGGGAGUAGGAAUGGCUGCAGGGCUUGGCUUGUAUCUGGUGGGUUUAGAAGUGCAGGGUUCAACCCCCCCACCCCCCAGCCCACCCUGGUCAUCCUGUCUCAGUGAGUGGGUUCUGUUAGGAUCUCACUGUUAGGAUAUUUGGCCCUAUGUGCUAUGAGGAUCUCUUGAGGUACUGCCUGUGAAUGCACUUUGGAAAGUUUAAAGGCAGUGGGGGAGAAGUGGGACUACUCCAGAGUUAAGCUGUAAAUUUGGGAGUCAGUGGGAGUGUCUUAAGUCCUGGUGAUAGGCUGUAUGUUGCAGGGUCUGGCUGAAUGUUAUAGAUUUCAGUAUGUUUGUGAAAGCUGGGGUUUAUUCUAUGGUCAGGCUGUGAUGAGGAAUGGUACGCAGGCUUCAGAGAGGGUGAUUUAUAGGUUAAGUCCUUGCAUAAUAAAUGAUCGGGGUGUGUAUGUGAUAGGCUGUCACAGGUUUAGGGUUUAUAACACAGUUUUGGUGUGUGUAUUGAGGUCAGGAUGCAUGUCAUAGGUCCCAGUGUAUAUGACUUAGACUGUGUGUGUGUGUAUAUAUCCAGGAUUUGGGUAUAUUUAGGAUCUGAGAUAUAUCACAGGUUGAUGGCCAGACGCGGUGGCUCACAUCUGUAAUACUAGCACUUUGGGAGGCCAAGGUAGGUGGAUCACCUGAGGUCAGGCAUUCGAGACCAGCCUGGCCAACAUAGUGAAACCCUGUCUCUACUAAAAAUACAAAAAUUAGCUGGGUAUGGUGGCAUGCACCUGUAAUCUCAGCUACUCAGGAGGCUGAGGCAGGAGAAUCGCUUGAACCCAGGAGCUGGAGGUUGCAGUGAGCCGAGAUCGCGCCACUGCACUCCAGCCUAAGCAACAGAGCGAGACUCCGUCUUGGAAAAAAGAUAUAUCACAGGUUGAAAUGUGUAUCAGGUAGUGAUUUAUGUGAAAGUGAGAUGUGUUAUUUAUGUGGAAGAUGUUCACAGAGCCAGGUGCAAUAUUACUGCACAGUUAACUAGUGAGUAUGUCAUGAGAAAUCCUGUCCUUGGAGUUAUGUGUGAAUAUAGUUGGGGGUAGGAGACAGGAAGUAGAGAAACAGACACUCAAAUUGCAAAGAAGGAAAUAGAAGGUUGGUGCUCCCCCUUCCCGUGUGUGUGUGUGUGUUUGUGUGUGUGUACUAUGUAUUUUCCUUUUCCUAUUUGUCCACGAGUAAGGUCUGGCCCACUACCCAAGUUUUAGAAAUAUUCCCUCCUGCUACAACAAAAUUACCUUAGGAAAAAAAAUAGAAAUAUCUGCUCCCUUGGGAUGCCCUGCUGGAUGGGAGAACAGGUCCUAUCCACUAACCACACGUUUUUUUUUUUUCUGGGGUGGUGGGGAGGAUUCAGCAGCAAACUAAGCUCCUUCUGGGGACCCUUGGAUGGCCAAGUUGGCUUUCCCUAGCUCUGACAAUGCCUCUUUCCCUGGCACCCACUUGUCUUCAGUGGUGGUGGGUAAGGGGGCUUCCUGUUAAGGGGGAUCUAAGUCAAGGCUUGGAAUUUAGCUGGGUUGGGGGCAGGGAAGCCUGGAGUGUCCCCCUUCCUCCAAUCAGUGUUUACAGUCUGAUGUCAGAAUGUGUGUCUGUCAAAAAUAACCCCCUGGAGCCUCUCCCCCCAGCUGCUCCAGGAUUUCACCAGGGGAGCCCAGGCUGGCAGUCCGGGCCAGCCUUCAACCUGAGCGAUCACAGGGGCGAGAAAGAUUUGGGGGAGGUUUGGGAGGUGCUUUGAAGAUCUUGGAGUCUGCAGAGAGGAGCCCGCCCUCCUCCAUCUCUGCCAGUGGCUUUGGCCCACCUGCUCACUCCUGAGCACCGUGCCUGGGGCUCGGGGGAGGCGGGCUGCAUUUCGUUCCUGGCCCCCACAGGCCUCUCCUCCAUCCAGGUCUCUCCUGGCCCAAUCUGAUCCGUCCCCUGUCUCUCCCAGUCUCUGUCUCUCUUUUGUUUUUCUCAGCAGUCCCUCCGUCCCAGCCUCCCUCCCUCCCUUGCUCUUCCUCUUUCCUCUCAGGGAGGGGGCGGGGCCGGUGGGGGCAGCUCCACCCUCCGCCCGCCCUGGGGCCUCAUUCUGAGAGAGGCUCGGAGAGAGCGAGCGGGGAGGGAGGGAGGCAGGGAGAGAAAGGGAGAAAGGCAGGCAGCCGGCGGGCGCUGCGUGUGUGUCUGAGUGUGCGAGUGUGAGUGAGUGUGAGUGCCGGGUCCUGCCUUUCCUGGUGCCCCCAAGCAGAGGGGCCCGGUGGCCUGGGGAGGGCGGGCGGGCUGCUCGGAGGCAGAGGCAGCGAGAGGCGGCGGCGGGGAGAGCCGAGGAGGAGGAGGAGAGAGGAAAGAGCGGAGCAGCCAUUGUUGAGGGAAACCUUGCAAACAAAGAAGGCUCCGGACUCCCCGCGGCCCCCCGCCCCCCAGGCCGGCCCCCUGGCCCCCGGCCCCCGGCCCAGUGGCCAUUGUAACUUUCCCCCGGGACUGCGGCCGCCGCGGGGCGGGCCGAGGCUGUGCGUGCGAGUCUUUGUGCGGCCGGCGGACUGGAGCUCCCAGUCGGGCCUGCCCGUCCCACUUGGGACAUGAGCUGCUGAAGUUGUCCCCCCGUCAGCCCUCACCCCUGCCAGGACUCCUCUGGGCUUGCAGUCGCUCCCCGUACCUCUCCUGGCCCCCUCAGUUCUCCCAGGUUGUUCCUCAAAGUCAUUCAAGCUGUACUCGCCGAAGGAGCCCCCGAACGGCAACGCCUUUCCCCCCUUCCAUCCCGGCACCAUGCUGGAUAGGGAUGUGGGCCCAACUCCCAUGUAUCCGCCUACAUACCUGGAGCCAGGGAUUGGGAGGCACACACCAUAUGGCAACCAAACUGACUAUAGAAUAUUUGAGCUUAACAAACGGCUUCAGAACUGGACAGAGGAGUGUGACAAUCUCUGGUGGGAUGCAUUCACGACUGAGUUCUUUGAGGAUGAUGCCAUGUUGACCAUCACUUUCUGCCUGGAGGAUGGACCAAAGAGAUAUACCAUUGGCCGGACCCUGAUCCCACGCUACUUCCGCAGCAUCUUUGAGGGGGGUGCUACGGAGCUGUACUAUGUUCUUAAGCACCCCAAGGAGGCAUUCCACAGCAACUUUGUGUCCCUCGACUGUGACCAGGGCAGCAUGGUGACCCAGCAUGGCAAGCCCAUGUUCACCCAGGUGUGUGUGGAGGGCCGGUUGUACCUGGAGUUCAUGUUUGACGACAUGAUGCGGAUAAAGACGUGGCACUUCAGCAUCCGGCAGCACCGAGAGCUCAUCCCCCGCAGCAUCCUUGCCAUGCAUGCCCAAGACCCCCAGAUGUUGGAUCAGCUCUCCAAAAACAUCACUCGGUGUGGGCUGUCCAAUUCCACUCUCAACUACCUCCGACUCUGUGUGAUACUCGAGCCCAUGCAAGAGCUCAUGUCACGCCACAAGACCUACAGCCUCAGCCCCCGCGACUGCCUCAAGACCUGCCUUUUCCAGAAGUGGCAGCGCAUGGUAGCACCCCCUGCGGAGCCCACACGUCAGCAGCCCAGCAAACGGCGGAAACGGAAGAUGUCAGGGGGCAGCACCAUGAGCUCUGGUGGUGGCAACACCAACAACAGCAACAGCAAGAAGAAGAGCCCAGCUAGCACCUUCGCCCUCUCCAGCCAGGUACCUGAUGUGAUGGUGGUGGGGGAGCCCACCCUGAUGGGCGGGGAGUUCGGGGACGAGGACGAGAGGCUCAUCACCCGGCUGGAGAACACCCAGUUUGACGCAGCCAACGGCAUUGACGACGAGGACAGCUUUAACAACUCCCCUGCACUGGGCGCCAACAGCCCCUGGAACAGCAAGCCUCCGUCCAGCCAAGAAAGCAAAUCGGAGAACCCCACGUCACAGGCCUCCCAGUAAAAGGCCCUGCUGUGGCCACCCAGUGCUCUGCCUACCUGCCCCACCCCUCGCAGCCCCAGGGAGCAGAAGACAGAAUGAAGAGACUGAGCAUCUAAAAUGGGCAGCCUCCAUCCACCCGCUUCAGGGAGGAACUGGACUUGCUGGGGGGCAGGUGCCAAGAUUUGCCCCCCCAGUGGCCCUGGGCUGGGCCUGGCCUCUACAGAGCCUUUUAGGGGGAGGGGGUACUCAUGUGGAUGCCUACUUGGAACCUGGGCCUCUGAGACAUGUCCUGACCACCCCCCAGGGCAUUUGCCUCCAUCUUCACCCCAGAUUGUGGGUUUCCCAUCCCCCUGACUUUACCCCUUUCAAGCCUGGGGUUGUCUAUACCCACAGCCCUUAGGGACUUAAAGUUACGGGGCUUGGUUGAAUGCCCCUUCCCCUAGGCAGCUGGUAAUAGAGGGGUAAAGCUCUGGGCCCCUCCUCCCUGCUGCCACUUAUCCCAGCUCCAGGUUUUUAAAAAAAUAAUAUUAUUAAAAAUGUAAGUUAAAAAAAAAAAUCACUCAUGUCCCCCCCUCUUCCCCCUAUUAAAAGUCCAGCUACCUCCCUACUCUUGGCAGAUGGGGGCCUAGGGCCUAGGUGGGGGUGAGAGUGGGGGAGGGAGGUGUGCAUACCAUUUUAUAUGGUGUGAGAGCUUCAGACCAAGGAGACAUUUCACCAUCUCUCCCCCUUUCCUCUGGGGUGACUGCAGUUGAGGAAAGCAUGCCAUGGGGUAGGGGGACAUUGGUGGCCACAUUUUGGUGACAGACCCCUGCUGUUGUCUCUGUGUCCCCAUUCUCUGGACUCUGGCCUGCCCUCCUAGUGCUUGUGACUCCCUCUCUUCUAGCCCCACCCCCAUGGUAUGUAUAUUCCUUACAAGUCCUCCACAAGAGCAGCUGUCUAGGAUGCGGGGAGGGGAGGCUCCUUCCCUUAGGGAGCGUGGAGAGAAGGGAGCAGCCUUGUUGCUGUAUUUUUGGUUUUGUUUCAGUUGGGCAGGCAUGGGAUGGGAGAGGGGCUCAGCCACUUUCCUCCAGAAUCUUCCCUCAGCCCCUCCAACUGCAUAUGUAAUCCUACUCUGUCCUUCAUAGAGGGGAAGGAGCCACAGAUGACAUCCCAGUUCCAAGCCCACCAGGGAGAAACAGGCCUCUGUCCCCAUAGGUGAGGUAGAGGUAGAGGGUCUUCACCUGCCAGUAUCCCCUGCCGCUCCUUCCUCACAGAAGGAAGGAGGAGGAGGCAGCCGGGAUCCUCGGCUCUGCCAGGGUGCAGCCAGGAGCAGGGUUUCAUGCAGCUGGUCCAGCUCUGUGGCUUUGCUGCCUUUUCCUGUGGCCAGUCCCAGGAAGUGCUAGCACCACCUCUCUCCCCACUCUUCCCUCUGGAUUCUGGGGUCCCCCACACCGUAUUUCCUCCACUCCAGCUGCCACUUUUGGAAGGGUAUUGAGUCAGGAGCUGAGGGAAGGGGUGAGGAAGGUGGACAUCCCACCCCAACUGUAAUGCCUUUUUUUUUUUUUUUUUUUUUUUUUUUUUUUUUUUUUGGGCCAUUUGAGUCAUGUAUGGUACCAAUCAAUAAAGAGACUUUUCGGUUUGAGAGUGUCCUGGUUGGUCAUUGAUGCCUAAUAAUGACUCAGUCCAAGGCAAUCUUUUCCCCAUCCUUGCAGUUCCUAAGAUUAUGAAUUGGAUCCCUUCACUCACCUCACAUUUCCCCUCACUCUUUUGAAGUUGUUUCCCUGAAUUAUACUUCUCCUUCACCCAAGACCCUAAAGUUUGUUCCCAGAUGUCCCAGCCUGGCCCCAUCUCCCUCAAAAGUUGAGGGAGAGUUAGCUUUCUCAGUCUGCUCCCCACCUCUCAUCCCAGGACUGUUGCUUCUCACCCUUAGCUGUCAUGCGGCAGCCAGACAGGUGGCCCUCCUGGGGCAGGUUCCUGGGAUAGACUGCCUUGGGUUAUGCCGUUGAGGGAGGGGUGGGAGAGGGGACUUGGCCCAGGAGGGGGCUUGGGUUAGAUGGUCUUGGGGUACUUAGAGUACCUGGGAGACUCUUACCCCUACCCAGCCCCCAGUCUACUAGCCUGGCUGAUGUUGGUUGGUUGGUUUAUUUAUUUUGAGAUGGAGUCUUGCUCCAUUACCCAGGCUGGAGGGCAGUGGCAUGAUCUCAGCUCACUGCAACCUUCAUUUCCUGGGUUCAAGUGAUUCUCCUGCCUCAGCCUUCCAAGUAGCUGGGAUUACAGGUGCCCACCACUAUGCCUGGCUAAUUUUUGUAUUUUUUUUUUUUUUUUUAGUAGAGAUAGGGUUUCACCAUGUUGGCCAGGCUGGUUUCAAACUCUUGACCUCAGGUGAUCCAUCCGCCUCGGCCUCUCAAAGUACUAGGAUUAUAGAUGUGGUCCACUUUGCCCGGUCAGCAGCUGAGGUCUAAAUUAGUCUCCCCUGGUGCUAAGGUCCCUGGGUGGGGGAUUAAGAGAGUAGCAGGAUUGUCUCCUUGCUAACUUCGGGUGACGACGCUGACGGAGGAAGACACAGUUCAGUUGCUAGUGGGUAGCUUGAAGCUCUAUGGGAGGAUGGGAGGAUAAAUAGGGCACUUUUCAGACCCCUUUCCAGGUAGUUAACUCUCCAAGUCCCCUCUUCACCAUUAAAGACGGAAGAUACGGAGACCCUGCUGUGGAUUGGAGAUGGGGUCUUAGUGCCCAUAAAGCUCCCUAUCCAGUGUCCCUCUUUGUCAUCCCAGGCAGGGGAAGCUGAGGCCUCAAACUGUUCCCCUCCUAAGUUCUCCCUGGACCUGAAAUAAAGCCCGAUAGACCUGCACCUCUACCCUCACCUCCCUAGCUGGUAGGAAGACACCAGAGGAAGGGACUGUGUGACCUGUCCAAUCUCCAAUCUACAGUUAUCUUGGCCGUGCCCUGCUGCCAGCCCAGCUUCUCAUAACCCAGUGCCUCAGGACCCCAAGGAAUGCUAUUGCACCCCACCCCCAACUCUUCCUUUGUAGAUCUGGCCAGCCUGAAGGACAUUUACCAGCCAACUGCCACCAGCAACUCACCCUGAGAGUGCCAGGUAACAUCUACAGUGGGUCUGUGUCUGGCACUGGGUGUACAUCUAGCCCAUUAGCCUGAGUGUGGGUGUAUGUAUGUGCUGCUGAGCUAGGGAGGGCCUGGAUCUGUUUAUAUGUGCAGGUAAGGGAGUGUAUACAUGUGUUUGUAUGUGGGCAUGUAUAUGCAUAUGUUUAUGUAUGUGUCUGUUGGUUAAUUAAUUCAUUCAAAUAUUAUUCAUUGAGCCCUCUUUAGGUACUAGGCCCAUUCUAGGUGCUGGGGAUAUGAUGUUGAACAAAGCAGAGAAGAUGUGACUGCUGAGUGUGAGUGAAGGCUAUAAAUCCAUAAAUGAGGGUGUGUUGUUAAAUGUGUGGCUUAGCAGUGCGACUGUGUUGAGUUAUGGGGCUGCUGGGACAGUGGUUGUGUGACUCGGUUGGGUAUUUGUAGGUUCACGUCUUGUAUGUAUAUGUUUGUGUAUGGAGGGAGAUAGUCAAGGGAAAAGGUAGAUUGCCAGGCCUGGACCCCAUCCUACUUGGGGGCAGGGGGUAGGUCAGAGAAGCAGGAAAACACACUAUUGAACUCAGGAAACACAGUGGCCAGCAACUUCCUCUGGAGCCCCAUAUCUGGCUCCUCCCCAUUUGCCCCCAGGAACCCCUGGUGAAGAGGAAUUACUGGGGUGAGGGAAGAGAGAGACCCUCCAAAACCCUCAUGCCCUUUGUUUUCAGGUACAUAUGUGGGCCCAGUCCCAAGCCUUAGCACAUUGCUGAAGAGCUUUGUGCUGCUGAGCUAGGGAGGGCCUGGAUCUUAUAUGUGCAGGUAAGGCAGUGUAUACGUGUGUUUGUAUGUAGGCAUGUAUAUGCAUAUGUUUACGUAUGUGUCUGUUGGUGAAUUAAUUCAUUCGGAUAGUCUGACCAUGUACCCCAACCAGGGCUUCUGAAUCCACAGAGGUCUGAACCCAACCCCAAACCUCUGUCCCUCCUGGACUCCCAGCUCCUUCCUCAUUUUUCCUGACCCCGUCUGAUCUGAUUCAGCCAGAGAGCUCCAUCCCCUUUCCUAGGAACCUACUGUAGUCUGGUGCAACUUCCAACCCCUCUUUUAUACCCUUAGCCCAGUCCAGCCUGACUUCUUUUUUUUUUUUUUUUUUUUUUUUUUUUUAAGAUAGAGUCUUGCUGUGUUGCCCAGGCUGGAGUGUAGUGGCAUGAUGUCGUCUCACUGCAACCUCUGCCUCCUAGUUCAAAUGAUUCUCAUGCGUCCCAAGUAGCUGGGACUACAGGCACAUGACACCAUACCUGGCUAAUUUUUUUAUUUUUUUAUUUUUAGUAGCGACGUGGUUUCACCAUGUCAGGAGUUCAAGACUAGCCUGGGCAAUAUAGUGAGACCUCAUCUCUACUUUUUCUUUUUUAAGAGAUGGAGUCUCGUUCUGUCGACCAGGCUGGAGUGCAGUGGCAUGAUCUCGGCUCACUGCAGCCUCCGCCUCCUGGGUUCAAGUGAUUCUCCUGCCUCAGUCUCCCUAGUAGCUGAGACUACAGUUGCGCACCACCAUGCCCAGCUAGUUUUUGUAAUUUUAGUAGAGAUGGGUUUUCACCAUGUCAGCCAGGCUGGUCUUGAACCCUUGACCUUAAGUGAUCUGCCUGCCUUGGCUUCCCAAAGUGCUGAGAUUACAGACGUGAGUCACUCCACCCAACCGAGACCUCAUCUCUAAAAUAAAUAAAUAAGCUGAGUGUGGUGGUGCAUCUAUAGUCCCAGCUACUUGGGAGGCUGAGGUGGGAGAAUUACUUGGGCCUGGGAAGUUGAGACAACAGUGAGUUGUGAUUGCACCACUGCACUCCAGCCCAGGUGACAGAGCAAGACUCUCUGUCUCAAACAACAACAACAACAACAACAACAAAACAGGUGCAGUGGUUCAGAACGCCUGUACUCCCAACAAUUUUGGAGGCCGAGGCAGGUUGAUCACCUGAGGUCAGGAGUUCAAGACCAGUCUGGCCAACAUGGUGAAACCCCAUCUCUACCAAAGAUACAAAAAUUAGCUGGGCAUGAUCAUGCACCUGAAGUCCCAGCUACUCGGGAGGCCGAGGCAUGAGAAUCACUUGAACCUGGGAGGCAGAGGUUGCAGUGAGCCAAGAUUGUGCCACUGCACUCCAGCCUGAACAACAAAGUGACACUUUGUCUCAAAUAUAUAUAUAUUGAGUCAGCAGCUCCCUAGUUUCAUGAUGGACUUCAAAGCCACUGGUUUAAGCUGGGCAUAGUGGGACUGUGCCCAUAUAGGUCUGUGCCUAUAGUCCCAGCUACUUGGCAGGUGGCAGGCUGAAGCAAGAGGAUUGUUUGAGGCCAGGAGCUUGAGGCCACAGUGUGCUAUGAUAGCACCAAGGAAUCGCCACUGCACUUCAGCCUGGGCAACAUAGCAAGACCUUGGUCCCAGCUCCCUAGUACCCAGAAUGUUUAUAACGACUAUGACUGUCAUUCAUGUGGCCACAGCCCCAUUCACUCAGGGCCCAGCUCUGGGGCUCCUCCUAACCCCCACCCUAAGGUCAUAGAUGAAAUGGAUGGGAGACUACAUACUCAACAGUUCUAAGCUGGGGAGUGUGGGAAGCUGAAUGGGAAUGGAAGCUGACUCACACUUCCAGAUUCCUUCUUCAGCCUCAGGAGAGGCUCAUUUUCCCACUGAUUCCAGGACCCAUUUCCAGAGGAAGCCAAACCCUGGAUUACUUCCCUCCUUGCUGCCCCACCUCUAUUCCACCAGCUCACCUCUACAAGAGGAGGACCUAGGGCCAGUCCCUGGAGAAAAGUCCCAAAGGAGCUUGGGGGAGAAAAAUCUUCUCCCCAUCACCCCCAACAACUGAGGCUGCCUGGAGGAUGAGGUAGGCUAAUUUCUCUCCCUUUCCUUUAACGGAUUUCAGAUGCACAGAACUAGAUUAAUCAUAACCUUGGUUCAUGACACACUCUCAUCAUUGUUCCAUGCACAGCACACAUUUACUUAUAAGACUAUCAUAUGGGGCCAGGUGCGGUGGCUUACGCCUGUAAUCCCAACAUUUUGGGAAGCCAAGGCAGGUGAAUCACCUGAGGUCAGGAGUUCAAGACCCGCCUGGCCAACAUGGUGAAACCCUGUCUCUAUGAAAAAUACAAAAAAAAAUUAGCUGGGCAUGGUGGUGCAUGCCUGUUAAUUCCAGUUACUUGGGAGGCUGAGGCAGGAGAAUCACUUGAGUCCGGGAGGUGGAGGUUACUGUGAGCGGAGAUUGCACCAUUGCACUCCAGCCUGGGCGACAGGGCAAGACUCCAUUUCAAAAAAAGACUGUAAGAAAUAAUCAACAUGGGCCGGGCACGGUGGCUCAUGCCUGUAAUCCCAGCACUUUGGGAGACCAAGGCGGGCGGAUCACAAGGUCAGGAGCUUGACUGGCUGACACGGUGAAACCCCGUCUCUACUAAAAAUACAAAAAAUUAGCCGGGUAUGGUGGCGGGUGCCUGUAGUCCCAGCUACUCGGGAGGCUGAGGCAGGAGAAUGGCGUGAAUCCAGGAGGCGGUGCUUGCAGUGAGCCGAGAUCGCGCCACCGCACUCCAGCCUAGGCGACAGAGCAAGACUCCGUCUCAAAAAAAAAAAAAAAAAGAAAUAAUCAGCAUGAAAGCUAGGACCUUGGCAAUAACUUGGCAAUAAAUCUAGCUAUGUGUUCCAUCUCUCAAGAUAUCCAUCAUUCUCUUGUUUUCCUUAUAUACACACACAUAUAUAUUUUAUAAGACAGAGUUUCACUAUGUUGCUCAGAAUGUAGUGCUGUAGCUAUUCACAGACCCGAUCAUAGUGCACUGCAACCUCAAACUCCUAGACUCAAGCAGUCGUCCUGCUUCAGCCUCCCAAGUAGCUGGGACUACAUGCAUAGCUGGGACUGUAGGUGGCACCACUACACCUGGCUCCUUUUCCAUACUUACCAGCUGUAUGUAUUCCUGAAAAUUUAUAAGAAUUUUUAGCUGGGAGCGAUGGCUCACACCUGUAAUCCCAGCACUUUGGAAGGUCGAGGCAGGUGGAUCACCUGAGGUCUGGAGUUCAAGACCAGCUUGACCAACAUGGUGAAACCCUGUCUCUACUAAAAAUACAAAAAUUGGCCGGGCGUGGUGGCUCACGCCUAUAAUCCCAGAACUUUGGGAGGCCGAGGCGGGCGGAUCACGAGGUCAGGAGAUUGAGACCAUCCUGGCUAAUGCGGUGAAACCGCGUCUCCGCUAAAAAUACAAACAAUUAGCCGGGUGUGGUGGUGGGCGCCUCUAGUCCCAGCUGCUUGGGAGGCUGAGGCAGGAGAAUGGCAGGUGAACCCAGGAGGUGGAGCUUGCAGUGAGCCUAGAUGGCACCACUGCACUCCAGCGUGGGCGACAGAGCGAGACUCCGUCUCAAAAUAAAAAAAAUAAAAAUACAAAAAUUAGCUGGGCGUGGUGGCAGGCACAUGUAAUCCCAGCUACUUGGGAUUACUCCAUCUCAGAAAAAAAAAUUUUUUUUUUAAGUUUAGUUAUUUUUUACAUUAUUAUAAGGGAGUAUUGCUGUAUGUAAUUUUUGGUGGCUUGUUAUAUUGUAUUAACAAGAUUUGUAUUGUUACAUAUUGCUUACAGUUUACUCAUUUUGGGAACUCUAUAAUAUUCCAUUUUGUGACUCUACCCAGUUAUUCAUUCUCCUGUCACUGGACAUUUGGGUUGUUUCUAGGUUUUGGCUAUUGUGAAGAGUAUUUCCAUAAUUUUACUUCCAUCUCCUACUGUAAAUGUGCAGUUUUUCCUGGUUAUAUGUUUAGUAGUAGUCUCUGCAAACUCAUGUUCCCACCUCUGAAGCCUAAGCUUGAGUGCUUUUACUAUGGAAGUUCUAGGGUUAACUCAAAUUAAAAUUUUAACAUUUAUUGAGUCCCUGCUAUAUAAACUCUACUCAGCUCGUUCAUCCAUUUGGUCAACCAAGCUAAAUUUAGUGAGCAUCUACAAAAUGCCUGGAGCUGGAGACAGAACAGUGAAUAAGACAAUAUGGCAUAUUACACAAUUGGGUGGAGAAAUAGAUAUUACAACAAAUGGGGGCAGGCACGGUGGCUCACGUCUGUUAUCCCAGCACUUUGGGAGGCCGAGGUGGGUGGAUCACUUGAGGUCAGGAGUUCGAGACCAGCCUGGCUAAUAUGGUGAAACACUAUCUCUAUGAAAAAUAAAAAAUUAGCCAGGUGUGGUGGCACACACCUAAUCCCAGCUACUCUGGAGGUUGAGGCAUGAGAAUCACUUGAACCUGGGAGGCAGAGUUUGCAGUGAGCAGUGAUCACGCCACUGCACUUCAGCCUGGGCAACAGAGCAAGACUCCGUCUCAAAAAUAAAAAAAUAAAAUAAACAAAUGGCCACAUACAUACACAUACGCAGUGACAAUUUUUUUUUUUUUUU